AUGAAAGACAACAUUCAUCACAAAAAAUUAAGUCCGCACAAAGGUAAGGAACAAUCUGUCGCUGAAAACCAAGAAAUUAUCCACGGAAUAAGGGAAAUAAAAAGUGAUGUUAAAGAAAUCAAGAAAUUUAUGGUAAUGAAUAAUCUACAAUUAGCCGAAAAAGACGAACAAAGGAAAAAGGAAAUUACCGAAUGGGAUAGAAUACAAGCGGAGGAUGAGGAAAAGUUUAGUAAAUUCAAAAAAAAUGUUAAGAACACGGAAAUUAAAGACCCUCACCCGGCGGUAGUAAUUUCGAAUGAUAUCCAAAAUAAAAAGAGUAGUCGAAUUACCAAAGGGAAAGUUCUGUGCGACCAAAUAAAAAAUAUUGACAAGCAAAGAAUAAUCAAGCACUUGGGAACAUUUGACCUAAAAACUAGGCGAGAAGUGGAAAGGAAAGUAUUAGAGGGUUUAGAAUUAGUUAAAUCACUUAUAAUAAAUUACAGUCAAAAAGGAGGAGUAGGAAAAUCUACUCUUGCCCGUGUCCUUGCCACCGAAGCCACUAAAAAGAAAAUCAAAACUUUAUUGGCUGACUGCGACCACCAACAGAAAACUAGAACCUUAGAAAUUGCUAAAAGAGCAAACUUAAUAAUUCAACCAGUUGGAGCCAGCCGAGAUGACUUAUUACCCGCUCUCCGUGAAUUCAAUGCCCUAAAAGCCCAAGAAAUUAAUAAGAAUAAGUUAUUAUUCAUACUUAAUCACUUAUCUACACCCGCCGAAGUAUUAGCCACCCAAGAAUAUUUAACUGAAAGCGGAUAUCCUUUUGCUCCUUUUUAUUUAUACGAAAAAGCCUCCUACCGCCAAGCCCAAAGUGAAGGAAAGAGUAUUAGUGAGGUUAAUUUUCCUAGUUUAAAAAAACAAGUUCAGAAAAAAAGAUUUGGGGAGAUACCGCAAGAAAUUAGCGAAAAUAUAAAGGCUCCUGAAACUGCUCCUAGCGAUAAAAGAAUUAGUGGGAGAACUAAGCAACUUAAUUUUAAAGUCAGGGAGGAAUUUUAUUGGCAAUUGAAAAAUAGAGCAGUAGAGGAAAAGUGUCUGAUGGUGGAAAUAUUGGAAAAAGCCUUAGAAAGUUAUGAACGAGAAAAAGAAGUCCAGUCAAAAAAGAGUUAG